AUGGACCUGACGCAAGCCGUGCCAGCACCAACCAGUCGAGACAGAGCCCACAUCCAGCUGAUCGACGGCACAAUCCUCUACGGCCUCCCUGCCACCGAUAGGGGACCGUGGCCACCACCAGCAACAACAGGUGGCCCGGGUCCGCCGGCGCGACUACCAACCAUUUGUCACUCAGCCUCCACUUUCUUCGAGCGACAUCCAAAGAGUCUAUCUGCGCCCGUUGCCAUGCCGUCAGCCUCUGGUGGAAAAUUUACGGGCAGUGGCGGAUGGGAGGGCCUUCAACUCACGGAGCAAAGAAAGCUACUGCUCCACCCACGCCGAGAUUUCUGCUUGACCUGUCCUUGUCGCUCACAGCUCACCUCUGAAGAAGCAGGCUGUCUCAGAGGUGAUAUAUGGAGUGGAUGUGGGCGGGAAACUGGCUAUGUCAGCGAAAUAGCUCCCGUCUGCGAGCUUACAGGCCUGACCAACAGCAGCAGCAAUCAGUGGAGGAGGCUUGGCUUCGGGGUUCACCAAUCAUCAAACAUCUCGGACACAUGGCUCUCGUCCCCUCCUUCCAACUCCCGGCCUUCCUGUGGCAGCUUAAUAUUCUCCUCCUUCUUUCGGUCCGGUUCCGACUCCGAUGCCCCGCCCCCAAGUGGCAGAUUGAACGACGGCGGCGCUGGUCUGUCUGUGUGGGACGAAACAAAGCUGCUGGAGCGGCCUUUCUACAAGCACGAGGAAGAGAGAUGCAGCGGCUCUGAGGAGGAGGAAGAACAAGAAGAGGAGGAAGAUGACCUCUCAGAGUUUGACGGUAUGACGCUCGAGGAGAUCUUGACUGUGUUCCUGGAGACGGUGCGCGAGACUACAGAUGCCAUGGACAAGAUCCUGGACAUGGGCACCGCGGAGGGGACGUCGUUUUCUUCGCUCUGA